ACAGUGGCUCAUGAAGAUGAAGGCAGGAAGCUGGAUAGCGGCAGGUGUGCUGCUGUUAGUCUGUCACACGACUGCUGCGCCCUUACAGGGCCAAGGCUAUGGACAAAGGCAAGGUGAAGGUCACGGACAAGGUCAAAGCGGAGGACAAGGGCAGAGGGCGGGGAGUGGUGCGUAUCCCUCCUCGGAACCAGCAGCAGCUCACAGUCGGUCUUGGUCGACGCCUAAAGAGGAGCCAAUCGCACCGGACCUAGCACUGGCCCGUGACAUCAUGACGCGCAUCAUCAGCCUGCACACCAAGGAGGCCCUGUCUGUAGUCUUCAGGUUCUACGACAUGCUGCGGAAUUUCGCCCGGGGCAUCGCAGGUGUGUACCAUUCGAGAUGAAGAAUUCGCCGAUGAAGAGUGCCUUCCACUAUCCAACGAUGCCUGUACACUGUAUCGUAUUCGCUGCAGUAACUUAAUCUCAACGCUACCGUCAGUUAUUUCUGGACGAAAAAGUGGCUUUACAGGACCUGUACUAUUUCUAUUUCUCAAAGUUCGCAACUGAAGUUUGUAGAGACUCGAUGGAAUUUUCUAAAGAACAUGUUCACAGAUAACGUACACAGCUUACACUGAUAAGUAAACAUCAU